AUGGCUACCGCUACUGCCGUCGUUACCUCCACCCUGACGGUUGGGGGCCCUAGGAAGAAGGCCGCCGCCGACUUGGUCCCUGAGAGUGAGCGUUUCCUGCGCGCUUGUGCCGACGUCGCCAACGCUCUCAUCGAGGACCACGAGGCUACCAAGGAUGGAAGGCCGCCCCGAGACAUCAAACUCAACGCCCUGAGGGGUAAGAUGUCAAAGAAGCACAAGCUCAAGAACAUCCCGCCCUUGACAGCCAUUAUUGCCGCCAUACCGGAGCACUACAAGAAGUACAUUCUGCCCAAGCUCAUUGCGAAGCCCAUCCACGGCCACAAUCUCGGCUCGGUCCAAUUGGCCCCACUCACCCAUCUCAACAAAGUCACCCCGCUUGUUUCGCAGGCUGCUUCGCACGAAUCGCACCAGCGCUUCUUAUUCUUCUCAUCCUUGACUUCAGUAACGGACAAGAUGACGGUUACGGCGCACGACUCGUCGCUCGACACAUCACUUCGUAGCGUCACUUUCAAUAAUGGGGCUGCUGGGGGAAUCUCAGAGAAGCUUAUCAAGCCAUGGAAACUACCGCCGCAAAAGACGUACGUUCUGCACAAUGCCCGCGUCGUCGAUCCAGUGAUGGGGACUGUCUCGCCAAGGGUGGUGACCAUCGCCGAUGGCCUGAUAACAGCAAUCGGCGUUUCUGUGAAACUGCAGUCGGAAGAAAUUCUUAUCGACCUCCAGGGAAGGUACCUCUGCCCGGGUCUCAUCGACUGCCACGUCCACAUCACGUCUGUGGCGGGCGAGGCCACACUUGGUGGGGCUGGGAUGGGGGGCGAUCCGGCAGUCUCGUAUCUACGGCAGCCGUUUCUGUGCAGACAGAUGCUGGAUCGUGGGUUCACGACGGUGAGGGACGUCGGGGGGGCUACCCUAGCUCUGAAGGAAGCCAUCGAGGACGGCGUCUUUGCCGGUCCGAGGCUAUUCAUCGCCAACAAGGCUCUCUCGCAGACGGGCGGGCACGGCGAUGUGCGUGGGUCACACGAAAAGUCCCAAUCCUGCUGCGGCGGACAGUCGGGAAUGCUGGGGGUUGUGGUGGAUGGUGUCGACGAGUGCACACGAGCGGCGCGGGAGCAGAUACGGACGGGGGCCGACUUUAUCAAGAUCAUGGCUAGCGGUGGCGUCGCGUCCCCCACAGACCGUCUGACCAGCACGCAGUUCCGCGCGGCUGAGAUCGAGGCCAUCGCGGACGUGGCCAACGGGUCGGGAACAUAUGUGACGGCGCACGCGUACACGCCGCAGGCGGUCCGACAUGCUGUGGUCAAUGGUGUGCGGGGAAUUGAGCACGGCAACCUGAUUGACGAAGAGACAGCCGAGCUGAUGGUCCGAUUUGGUGUGUAUCUGACGCCGACGCUCGUGACCUACGACGCCAUGGCUUCGAACAAGUACGCGGGCUUCCUCCCGCCGACGAACCAGGCCAAGAACAGGGCCGUCCUGGAACGCGGGCUAGAAUCACUCCGGAUUGCCUCGAACGCUGGCGUCAUCAUAUGCCAUGGCUCAGACCUACUAGGGCCCCUGCAGGCCGAGCAGAGCCGCGAGUUCGCCAUUCGCGCUUCUGUACUGAGCAGCACCAAAGUACUUCAGGGUGCGACAGUCAACGCGGCGAGCCUGCUGCGCCAGCAGAACACGCUAGGGCAGAUCAGGGAAGGGUUCAAGGCGGAUCUUCUGGUACUAGAUGAGAAUCCCCUGGAUAAUGCGGCUAUUCUAAGCCACCCCGAGGAUAAUGUCCUUGCCGUCAUUAAGGAUGGGAGGGUGUAUAAGAGUGGCUACCGUCCCGGUAAGCUCCGUAAUUUAAUGCCGAGCUACGUCGCUGGACCCACCGGCCCCAUGUGCACAGAGGCAGGCGCGACAGGCGCAGAUGACCAGGAUCAGGCGAAUGACUCAGCCGACUUCAGCUAG